AUGGUGUUGAGAGUAGAGAAUACAGCAGAGUCGGAUUCUACUAGAAAGGGAUCGAUCUUGGCUGCUGAAGUGGGUUCGAUUUUACCAGAAAAUAGGGGAGAUAAUGGCGGCUGCUCAGGGGUUAUUACGAGAGAUAGCUGCUACAGGGUUGACGACGAGAGAUUGAGUCGACUAUUGUUGUAUUGGAGAAUAAUUAGAAUGGGAUUUUGGGGGCUGUUGGGGGUGGCAUCGAUGCCGAUAUUGCAGGUGUUGAUCAUAAGUGCAAUCGGAGCUUUCAUGGCUACUGAUUACCUCAACCUACUUCCCAGCAACACUCGAAACUCACUUAACAAGAUUGUGUUUGUGGUAUUUACGCCUUCACUUAUUUUUACAAGCCUUGUGGAGAGUGUCACCUUUCAAGACAUCAUCUCAAUGUGGUUUAUGCCAAUAAAUAUAGGAAUAACAUUUUUAUGUGGAGGAAUAUUGGGAUGGAUAGCAGUAAAACUAAUCAAACCAAAGCCUCAUUUAGAAGGCCUCAUCAUGGCUAUGUGUUCAACAGGAAACUAUGCAAAUCUUCUGGUGAUAAUGGUUCCUGCAAUCUGCACAGAUAAUGGCAGCCCAUUCGGUGAUCAUGUCAUCUGUAAGGCUAAGGCUCUCUCUUAUGCAUCAUUCUCCAUGGCUUGGGGUAGCUUCUACACAUGGACAUGUACAUACCAAAUGAUGCAAGCCUCAGCUUUGAAGUACAACGCAAUAAAAGAAACCGAGGAAUUGUCAAAUCAUGCAAAUCAAAACACUCAUAUACUCGAUACAAAUAAUGAUCAUAUUGAUCAAAUCAUGCCUUCAUCAAAUUUGACUAGUCAAGAUAUAGAAAACCAAUGUAUUGUGCAACAAACGUCAGUAGGGAAUGUAAAGAAGAAAGAUGGAUCGAUUUCAGAUAAAUUAGUAGCAAUGUUGAAGAAAAUAGUAAAUCAACUACUAGCUCCACCAACCCUUGGCUCUUUUGCAGGACUCAUUAUUGGUGCAAUCCCAUGGAUAAAACAUCUUUUAACUGGCGAAAAAGCUCCUUUAAGGGUGAUUCAAGACUCAAUGAUAUUACUCGGAGCUGGAACCAUACCUUGUUUGACUCUUAUACUAGGAGGCAACCUCACACAAGGUCUACGAAAGGCGAGCGUGGGGCCCACAAUCAUUAUCACGGUUAUGUUAGUGAGAUUCGUGUUGUUGAUAAUGUUUGCUCUGCCACCUGGCGUCAAUAUCAGUACAAUGGCUGAAUUGUUUAGUGUUGGGCAAGAAGAGUGUGCAAUGUUGAUGAUGUGGACUUAUUUGGCUGCUGCUUUUGCUCUUACAACUUGGUCAUCUGUUUACAUGUGGAUUUUAUCUUGAAAUUUUUGUACCUUUUAAUUUGUUGUAUGUUAUGUUUGAUUUUGUAUUUCGAUUUUCAAUAUCUAGCUAAUUGAUUAAAAAAGUUGUUUAGCACCAUUUUAGUCCACAUAUGUGAGCUCUUGUGCACUUAGUAGCCACAUAUGACCACAUUUGAAGGUCAAUUUAGUCAAUCAUGCCGCCACUUUUCUAUUUUUAGUGUUUUUAAUCAUUUAAACGUAUGUGCUUUUGAAUAAAAAAUUUUGAAUAUGUGAUAUGAAUAUCUUAUGACAAAAGUAACAUAAAUAAUAGAC